AUGUCUACUCCAGUUGCUACUGCCACGCCCUCCCGCGAACGAAGCUCGACUUCACAGUCAGCAUCAUCUCCAAUGACAAUGAAACCUCAGGCAUCCUCUUCCGCUGCUUCAGUCACGGCCUCUACAUUGGGUCAAACUGCCAACACCACCACAUACCCUAUUACUCUCGAAACACUCCUUGCCACGCAUGCCAGCGCACCAAAUCCAAUACUCGCUGCAUUGGAUCAAGUUCUAUCAGAACGCAACGUUCUCUCAACUCAAAAUACACAGCUUUGGAAACUUAUUGAGAAGCAACGUGCCGCAUACAACCAGGUGCUCAAGGAAAUUGAACGUGUCCGUAGCGAACGAGAUACCUACAAGACUCGCUUACAAGCAGCAGGAAUGGGCACUGAGCUGGCAAAGAAGGAAAAGGAUCGCGAGAAGGACAAAGCCAGGAGUUUGAGGUCGUCAGGAUCCAAUGCUACGAUGUCGAGUAUGUCUGUCAAUGGGUCCACUGACUUGCGAUCAAGGAUGGUUCGCAACCAAUUGGAUGCCACAUCAUCACCGUCUCGUAACGACGACCGCCCCGUUACUCCACCUUGCCUCCCAGAAACUAAUACUCGUGAUUCUGAUCUCCAAAUACCUCAAACGCCUCAAACCACAAUGUCUACGCGUCCAUUCAACUCUCCUUUGGUUGUACCUCCUCGAGGUAUCUCACUAUCACUUGCUGCCGCAUCUGCUGCUACUUCCUCUAGUGGGGCCACCUCGCCAGGCUCAACUUCACAAUCAAGUAUUGACCUAGAUAGGCCUCCAGUACCGCGUACAACCGACUCACGACCUCCCUCGCAGCAACCCCCUGCACCACCACCAUCUCUCCAGUCUGUUCACCUGCCACCACCUGCCUCCCUUCGACCAGCCCAUCCUCUUACCGCUACACUCCAGCCCCCUACAUCAUCCAUCAAUACUCUCAUCACCAUUCAUGGUUCAGCUGUGUCUCCCAACGGCUCAGCCAUAUCUCCCACCAAUAUCUCAAGCACUGCAUCUCAGACAGGCAUGCUCAGCCCAACGGUUGAUAACUCACAGCACCCAUCACAGGCGUCCCGAAUAUCUUCUGUUUCACUCCCAGAUGAGGCGAAGCUUUAUAUUACCAACAUGGGUGAGAGUCCAUUGCCAAGUCCAUCUAUGUGCCAGCAUAUGGCUGGGUUUAGCGAUGAUAUGCAGUGUCAUGCUGGACAGGAGUCUCUUGCGCCCCGGAUGGAAUCUCCCACGAUCAUGCUGACAAAGGAGCAAAGGGAUGAGGUGGGAGAGUUCCUAGAUAUGGAUGAUGAUGAACGUGAAGAUGAGACGAUAGCAAAGCACUCAAAUUCGAAGAACAAGCCUCAUGCAGCAGUAGAAGAUUUUCCAAUGCCUCCCUCGCACGGCGCUAUUCACAUUCCUUCAUCUCAUGUGCAACCCUUGGAUCCUGCAUUAAUGCUCACGCCGACACAGUCAAACCCACAGCCAUCUGCAGCGGCGAGCACGCCUUCACGAGCGCACUGGCCGCAGCGGGAGCUGCUACAAUCCGACAAUGCUUCUGUUCUUAUCCCUGAAUCUCCUCUACCUACUUCCUACUUGUCGCCGAUAAAUCCGACUUCAUCCGGUACCAGCGCAACGUUCCGUGCGCUUCCUCUGUUACCAGACGACCUCGUGACGACGCGGGUCGCUGUCUCGCACUCGUCUGUAAAACCAAAUGACCGUGGGAAGGAGGUUUUAUCAUUCGUCGUCGAUGUACACCCGGGACAUGGUAAAGAGCCAUGGAAAGUGGAGAAGCUGUACUCGGAUGUACUGACCCUCGAUAAUCGCAUGCGAGCUAGCGUUGGGAAGGGUAUCGGGAAGAAGAUGGCGAUAUUACCAGAGGGAAAGAUUUGGAGGGACCACGCACCUGCGAAGUCCGAUCAACGCAAGGUCGCACUCGAGGUGUACCUCCAAUCAUUGGUCGAUCUACCUGUGAAAAAUAAGGAUGAAAUUAUUGCCUUCUUCACUUCCGACAUUGUUCGAGAGACCCAUAAGCCCGUCAUGCAGGCUGGACACAAGGAAGGAUACCUGACGAAGCGGGGGAAGAACUUUGGUGGGUGGAAGUCACGAUACUUUGUCCUCCAGGGACCGGUAUUAGAGUAUUAUGAAAGCCGUGGAGGCGCCCAUCUUGGCUCGAUCGUGAUUACCUCUGCGCAGAUCGGGCGACAACAACGCACAGCUGACAAUGAUGACGAAAGAAAUUACCGUCAUGCUUUCCUCAUCAUCGAGGCAAAGAAAGCUCCAAAUGGAUCUCACUCGCGCCAUGUCCUCUGUGCAGAAAGCGACGUGGAGCGUGACAGCUGGGUUGACAUUCUUGUGCGAUAUGUAUCUGGAACGUUCAACGAAGAUCCUGCCACAUCCAUUUCCGCUUCCCCGAGUCCGAUAUCCAUCAAUGUCAAUGUUCCUCCUGGGCAAGGACUUGGAUCCGCGCAGCCAAGAUCGAGCACGAGUUCCACUCAAGAUGGUUCAGUGUCUACGCCUAACGGAAAGCGUGCCAUGCGGACAAUGUCUAAGGAUGAUAUCUUGCGCGGUGCCGCAGUCCCCAUCAGCCAGCUUGUUCAAGACGGUACCAACGCGAAGCUCUUCCACUCUGCACCAGUUCCUGUGGUCAACCAGGAUUCGCGCCCACACUCGGCCAGUCCCACCAAAGAACUUGAUCCUUCAGCUCACCACGAGCGAGACCAUUACACUGCAGAGGAGACUGCUCGGCGGAUUUUGGAGCGAGGGCUGUCUUCUGGGAGCACAGAGCAGCUUUCAAACUCGUUGCCCACUUCCUCGCCGCUAGAGGGAAGUAGUGGAAAUCUGUUGUAUUUGAGAGCGAACUCUGAGCUUGGGCACUAUUCGGAUCUACAGCGUGGUUCCCACCCUAAGCUGGAACCAUUUUCACCGGAGAACAAGUCAAGGGAGCAGCGACGUGAUAGGAAGUCAGUCCACCCAGGAUUAUCUGCUAUAGUUAGUCCUACCGCAGCAAACUUUGGUGAUCGUGCACCAUCACCCGAACCUAGCGCUACACCUCUAAAAGGUGAUCGCGCAAAGAUAUCUGCUCCAAUGAACGGAGCACCCAUACCAGCAGGAUACAAGUUUGGCGGCAAGGACCCUCUUUCCGAGAGUUCCGCAUCUUCGAAUGACAGACGAGAGAAGGCGAAGUCACGGUCCUUCUGGAACUUUGGACGGCCUGUGGACAAGGCGAUAGUUCAUAUCCCCAGAGCUGUCUUUGGUGUGCCACUCGAAGAGUCCAUUGAGGUCGCAGAGAUUGCUCGUCUGCCUGCAGUAGUUUUCAGGUGUAUCCAGUAUCUGGAGGCAAAGAAGGCAGAGCAAGAAGAGGGCAUAUACCGUCUCAGCGGGAGCUCAGCUGUUAUCAAAGGGCUCAAAGAUCGCUUCAAUGCUGAGGGGGACGUAGAUCUUGUUGCAUCAGAUGAAUAUUGGGAUCCUCACGCCAUCGCUGGGCUCUUGAAGAGUUUUUUGCGGGAGUUGCCCGCCAGUAUACUGACACGCGAGUUGCAUCUGAAAUUCCUAGCAGUGAUCGACUUCGUCGACGCUCAGGAACGCAUUCGAGAGCUAUCUGACCUCAUCGCCUCCUUGCCGAUCGCCAACUAUAGCCUAUUGCGUGCUCUCACAGCCCAUCUCAUACUCAUAGUUCAAAACUCGUCGGCGAACAAAAUGACGAUGCGCAACGUCGGCAUUGUCUUCAGCCCUACUCUUGGGAUCCCUGCGGGCGUGUUUAGUCUGAUGCUAGGCGAGUUCAACCGCGUGUUCAAUGUUGACUCUGAACAGGGUGAUGAGGACAACGUUGAGGAGCUGAGUCGCAGGAAUAGUCGACAGUAUACGGAUGCUGCUGCUGAUCAGUUGUUGGGCUUGUCUGGAAGGACCUUGAAUGCUCCUUCCGACGAAACACCCUCUGAAGACGGUGACAGCAUUUCCCUUCAUUAUGAAAGUGGAAAUGAUACCACCGAGGAUGCAACCAUUGAGUCGAACUUAACUCAAUCAAGUGCUCACCUAUCUUCAAGUCACCACCACCCACAAGACUCACAACAAAGUGUCGAUCAUGUCUCGCUCCUCCGAUCUGAAGGAUCUUCGUUGGAGCAGCGGUCACGAGCAUCUAAUCUUGCCGCCAGUCGUGGCCUAAACAUUGCGGUUGGCAAGAAAGGCAACAGACACAGUCGUAUGAUAGGCCUUCCCGCGUCGGCCCGAUUACCAGUUGAUGCACCAUCGUCCCCUAUACAUUCACCAAUGCACACGGCCAGACACAGUUGA